AUGUCGACCGAUUCCAAGGCACCCGUGCCAAAGAAGCGGACGGUUCCCGCGGCCUUGCGCCCAUUGAAAUAUGUCGGGAUACCAGAGAGCGUGCUUGCAUGGAAGCCACGCCUUCCAUCACGCAAGUGGUGCAUGUUUUGGGCUUCAUUGGCAGGACUUGGAGUAGUAUACUAUGAUGACCGACGUCAGUGUAAGAAAAUCAUGGAAGAAUACAAGGAGCGAGUGCGAGGGCUCUCUGAACAAUCGAUGCACCCGCUUGAGCACCCGCGUAAAGUACUUGUGUACACGGCCAAGUAUCCUGGUGACGACAACUACGAUGUGGGCGUACGCUUUUUCAAACGCUACGUGAAGCCAAUCCUAGUAGCAGGUGCCGUGGAUUAUGAGAUCACUAGCGGAACGAGCUACGGAAAUCUGGCGCGUGAACUUCGGAAUAGGAUUCAUCAACGUCGACGCAAUCUCGCUGGCGUCGAACCGUGGACGACGAACACGGUCGCGGGGACGUCACUUCCCACGACGCUUUCACCUGCCCAAUACUUACAGCGCGAGCUCGAAGGGGCGGUCGUACUUAUUGGGCGUCCUGCGCUGAAGGAGUGGGCAUGGGCACUGAAAGAAGGCUGGGGCACCACCAUCCCGGUCAAGCCCAUGGACUUUAGUGAAAAGUUGGCCACAGAGUUGAGUGAAGAUUCCGCAUUUGAAGAGAUCACUGAAGCGGCGACCACCGAAUCCGACGUUUCCACGAGCACACAGAGCCAUGAACGUGACAGUGAAGCUGCAUUGCCGGCUGUGCCGACUGUGCCAGGACGUGGUUUCAGUGUCCCUACGCAAGCGGGGCUACAGUCUAUGCAAAGACGCCCACCAUUCUCUCCAUUUGCCAUCCCCCCCUCGGCUGCUCAGAGCCAGAGCGUGGUCACAGAGGCUACGUCCGAAUUAGGUAGUAAGCCGGAGCCCGAGUUGCCGCCCAUGUCGCCUAUUCCUGCGCAGCCGCCGAUCUGCUUUGUUGACUUCACGAACCUGGUCGGAUUCAGCAACAUUCCUCGCCGUAUCGCGCGUUUCUUCUACCGCCGUGAAGAAGUGCGGCGUGGCGCAGAGGCAGGAUUGAGCAUCGUUCUAGGUACGAAGAAUGACGCGCGUGAGUUCCAGGCCGGCGACCGUGGCACAAUACCACGCGAUCCACCCCAAGGGCACGAUCUCGAUUGGGGGCUCGAGGAAGAGGCAUACUAUCCAAGUACAUUCUUCAAGACGAUUAGUAACAUUGAAAAGUGGCGUAAGAGUUAUUACGAAGAACUUCGCAAAGAGCUCAAGGCGUCGCGAGAAAUUGCACGGGGUAUUCGCGAGCCCACGAAGGCGGAAAAGCGCAACAUGCCUAAGAGUGAGAUCGAGCUCCGCGGCCAGCGCUUUGACAAGGAAGAGCAAUGGCGCAAUUCUGAGCACGGUUUCAAGAUUCUCGACCCCGCUGCAGGCGUUGAAUGGGACGAAAGCUGGCGAGGAUCAUUGCGAGUCUUGGUGCCUCGGUCUCCGGAUGAACAUGUCCCGCGUCGCACGCAGGAGGCCAAAGAUAGUUCUGGAGAAGAGGCAUCAGUCUCAUCGUAG